AUGACAGAUCAUCAACAAACAAAUAAUAGCAGCAAUACUAGUAGAGAUACAAAAUGUUUCAAGUUUGUAGAUGAGUUUAAUAUAUCGUUUGCUCAGAAUGAUCGAAUCGUUCGGUAUAGACAUGUCGAAUCCAAUAUGAUGUUGAUCUUACAUCAUUGUCCAGGUCCAAAAGUCAAUGCCUCUAUUAUCGUGCCGACCGAGGCACCCAACAACAGAGGAUUACCUCACACACUGGAGCAUCUCGUUUUCAAUGGCUGCGAUAGCUACCCGUAUCGUGACUUUAUCGAAUCGGUUGCCAAUCGUUGCUUCUCCAGUCCGUCCAAUGCCUACACCGCUGAGGAUCACACAUGCUACUCAGUGGAGUCUGUUGGUCCCGAGGGUCUAAUCCACUACUUGCCGGUGCUACUCCGAUUCGUACUGCGUCCAACACUCAAGGAUUCCGAUUUCACCACCGAGAUCUACCAUAUCGAUGCCACCGGCCAAGAGUCUGGUGUGGUUAUGUGCGAGAUGCAGUCCCGAGAAAACACGUGUGAGGAUCUCUCUGAUUUCCAUAUUACACGUGCACUCUAUCCCAACAGCUACUACGCCAAUUCCUACGGUGGCGCGGUGCGUGAGAUUGCCAAGCUGACCAACGCAGAGAUUCGUGAGUAUCACGGAAAGUACUAUCAUCCCGAUAUCAUUACUAUCAUUGUGCAGGGUUGUAUCGAUGAACCUGCAUUGUUGGAUAAGUUGGAUCAAACAGAGAUUGUUGCUAGUCCGUUUUAUAAGGAGAUUGACGGUGGUGAGCAAUCUAGAGUGAUGCCAUGGUUGAGCGAGUUGCCACCAAUGACCGAGUCGAGUUCACAGAAAAUUAGAUUCCCAUGCGAAGAUGAAUCAGUUGGAAGUGUUACCAUUGGUUGGCGUGGGCCCUCUGUUCACGAUAAUGAAACAUUGGCUGCACUUGGAAUAUUGAUUCGAUAUCUCAAUGCUAUUUCAUCGUCACCACUGCCUCAGCAUUUUGUACAUGGAAAACACGCCUAUGCCAGUAAUGUAUCUAUUACAAUUCAAGAGUUAAAAGAGUCAAAGUUAUUAUUAGAGUUUAGUGGUGUCAAUGUUUAUAAUCAUGAGAAUCAAGAUAGUAAAGAAAAAGAAGAAGAAGAAGAAGAAGAUGAUGAUGAAGAGGAUGAAGACGAAGAUCAAGAUGAUGAGGAAUUAGAAGAGUUGGAGAAAGAAGAAAAUAAUGAGAAUGGAAAUGGAAAUAAUACAAGUGUACUGGAUGAAGGAACAGACGAUCUAGAUUUAUUAAAUGAAUAUUCAAUGUAUAAUAGAGUUGUCAAGGUAUUUGAAGAUAUUAAAAAGAAUGGUUUCAACAAAGAAGAUAUGCUUUUCGAAAUUGAAAAAGAAUUGAUAAAGAUUUUAGAAGGAUAUGAAGAGGAUCCACUUGGAUUUGUAUCUGGAUCGCUUUUGACAACAGUCGUUUUCCCUCCGAAAGAUGCAACCACAUUUGAAGAAGCAAUCUCAAUGACCAAAGAUAUAGAAUCGAAAUUGAAUUAUGUGCAAUAUAUAGAAGCAUUGAAGGAUAAAGACUCGCAAUUCUGGUGUGAUUUGUUGGAUACUUGGUUUUUAAAUGCUCCACAUGCAGAGGUGUUAAUGAUACCGUCGGCAGAGUUGGCAGCAGAGUUGUCACAGUCCACACUCGACAGAGUAAAGCAGCGUUGCGAUACACUAGGUGCUGAAGGACUAGCACGAUUGGACACCGAGUUGAAAGCUGCAAUCGAAGCAAACAAACCCUACCCAGAGUCGUUCCGUUCAAAGCUCCCGCCAAUCCCAGAUAUCAAAAAGAUAAAAUUCGACGAGCCUAAAACAGUGACAAUGCCACCUAAUUCCUCUGACAAUCCAACAGGUUUCACAAUCCAAGAUGUCAUAAUCAAUACACAAUUCAUUCAAUCAACAUGGUUCUUCCACGUCAAAGAUCUGCCGCUGGCACUCAAGCCAUAUCUCACCAUACUGAGUCACCUGGUAUUUGAAUCGAAUGUCAACGAUACAGAGAGAAACAUUGUCAUUCCAUUUAAAGAGGUAGUAACUAAAAUAUCUAGAGAAACCAUUUCGCUCGAUUGUGGAAUGGGUUUGUCGGGUGCAACUUUCUCGGCGUUCUAUGGUGAAUUGUUUAGAAUCGCCGGUAGCAGUACUGUCGAGAAUUUCGGUCGACUUAUCUACUGGAUUGUUCAUGGAUUUCUUUGUAUCCAAGUGAAUGCCAAUCUUUUAAAGACCGUAGUUGUCAACCUUAUAAAAUCACUCAAGGAAACCAGUCGUGAUCCAUCCUGUAUUUGCAAUGCACACCACGAAAGUUUACUGACGCGUGACAUUCCGACUUCCAAUAACCACGCCAUUUCCAUUUACCGUCAAAAGCAUUUCCUCCAUCAAGUAUUGGAUGAAAUCAAUAGCGGUGAUAUACAGACAACCAUCGAUGCACUCACAGGCAUUCGUAAUUACAUUGAUUUGCCAACCAACAACAAGAUAUCGCCAUUUGAAAUCUCUGCUGCUGUUUCCACUUCGGUCUAUGACUUUUACAGUGUGAAAUCUACAGCAUCGGAAAUGGCUUGUGAGGCAUAUACAUCACUAUUUAGAGGAUUGAAAAGUAUAUCGGAGCAAGUAGAUUAUCUUGAUAGAAUAUCAAAGGUAUCUACAGAAGAUCUUCAACAAUUCCUUCAGUCUGAAAGUAACUUUAUUAUCAUGGCAACCAACCCAUCAUCGGAAGCGGUUAUCCUACAAGAUAUGAAAUCGACAUUCAAUUAUGAAUUUAAAUCUAUAGAUUUAAAUUCAUUAUUCAAUAAAGAUUAG